AUGCAUAUUCCUAUCCCAACCGCUUCUCCGUCCGCGCCUCGACCGGUUCCCAAAGCUCCCAAAGAGACCAAUGCCUGCGACGAUGUUUCCCAGCACUCCUUCCUGAUCCUAGCUCUAGCAGCAGAGACUGUCGUAUGCAACAUGGAGCGGGUUGUUGCACUCCAGCAGGUCUGGGUCGAAGACUUUGCCAGAAUUGUGCAAGGACUCAGGACAAUGAGUGCGCAGAGCUGUGGCGCGAGAAGGACGUAUCAAGGCAGUAAUGGCAUUGACAAGAGUGGAAGUGGAUUUUACAACUCAUCACACCCAGAAGGCGCUCAAAGUUUGUGUUGCGAGCAAGAGCUGCAAAGAGACUCUCCAGAAAAGGACCCUGCUGCAGCUAAAAAGAGCUGGACACGGGUCUGGAAGCGAAGAUCAUGGACACCGACCUCAACUCCAUCUGUCGCUCUCGUCAAACCGAAGCGAUUCUCUGCACCAGAUGCUUUUACACGAAAAGGGAUGGAGUGUCGCUGUCGAUACGUCGUCAAGCUCGAAGAGAUACAACAUCUGUUGGUGCAGGUUGUGAAGCCAGAUACCGGACAUCUCCCAGAAACCGUUCAACAAAUGGCAAUAGCGCUGCUUUGUGAUGAGGUCGAGGCAUGGACGUCAAGUGUGGAGAUGAUCAGGACGGCCCCGGCGACUGCAGCGAAGGAGAACAAGUCGUCAUCGAGCCGAUACUCAAUUUUUGCAAGGUCCGCUGCAAAGGGAAGGCUUGAGUCUGAAGACGCCUCGAGUCCAUGA